UUGGCUGAAUGCUCCGCGGAGGCUUCGGGGGUUUGGGGCGUCGGGGAGUGUGCGAGGUGGCCGCGGCUGUGUGCACUAGCGGAGACAAAGCGGUGGCUGUGGUGUCUGUGACGGCGGCGGCAGAGCAGCUCUAAACGCUGAAUUUCGUGUUGCUGAGUCCUGUCACCAUCUCAACUAGCGCGGCGCGCGGGCGGCGGCGGAGGCAGCGGCGGCGGCGGCGGCGGAGGCGGCAGCAGCACAUGGUUCCAAGAGCGCGCUGCGGCUGUUGGGUUCCAGUUCCGCGGGGAGGGACAAAGGCAGUUGUGAGAUCCGGGUAGUGCCCGGUCAGGUGGUGCGCUCGCCACUGCCCUCGAUCUGGUCCUUGAAAGCCGGGAGUAGCUCCUCUUCGUGAGGAGGCCGCCACGGACCGAGGCCCGGGAGGGCCUGGGAGGCUGAGGCUGUUGUCUGAGGGACGUGGGGGCGGGGCGCGGCCUGCCCGAGGUGCUGUGGGCGGGUCAUUUUGAGGUGUUUAUGUGGGCCAAGUGUGAGGUAAUCUGACCACCACCCAGAACUGGGUUUGGUCUGGCUUUGAAAAAAGAAAUCAUGAGUGCCUAGGAGCUUUUUCAGUUGGGAGUUGGUGAAGCUGCAACUUGCGCCAUAUAACACUCCGUCGACAUCUUGGUCUCUGGUCUUGGGCCUGUUUAAGAAUCCUGGCAUCACGUGUGGCGAAGACAUGGCUGAUCAGUUUUCUGACAGAAGUGGGUAAAUUUCCGGAUUGGUAAAUUUUCUAACAGGAAAUUUCGGGGGACCAAAAAAGGCUGGAAGAACAUGAAGAUGGAGCAGUCAUAAACCGCCCACUCAAGGACCAUCUCCUUCAGGACCAUCCACACGAGACUCAGAUUGUCUGAAUUGAGCUAUCGCAACUUCAUGCCAAAAGCUCCUUAAAGCUACAGAUUUAUGACAUAGUUCCUUCCAAAAUAUUACAUCGUAAUCAUUGAGAAGAUUAAAACAUUUGAAGAAAUUGUAGUUUUAAACAUCUCUGCAUAUAUUUUGGAUAGUUACUAGGUUACUUUAACUGUCAUUAAGGAGCACAGACUUACUGAAGCCUUACUGGACGGAAUCCUGGGAAACUGAUAUCAUUAUAAGAUUAUAUUUCCCAGGUAGUGGGUGAAGGGCUGGAGACCUUAUUGCAGUCAUGGCUUUCACAAAUUACAGCAGUCUGAAUCGAGCUCAGCUAACGUUUGAAUAUCUGCACACAAAUUCAACCACUCACGAAUUCUUGUUUGGUGCUCUUGCUGAACUGGUUGAUAAUGCAAGAGAUGCUGAUGCCACCAGAAUAGAUAUUUAUGCAGAAAGACGAGAGGACCUUCGAGGAGGAUUUAUGCUUUGCUUUUUGGAUGAUGGAGCAGGAAUGGAUCCAAGUGAUGCUGCCAGUGUGAUCCAGUUUGGGAAGUCGGCCAAGCGAACACCUGAGUCUACUCAGAUUGGGCAGUACGGGAAUGGGUUAAAAUCGGGCUCAAUGCGCAUUGGGAAGGAUUUUAUCCUGUUCACCAAGAAGGAAGACACCAUGACCUGCCUCUUCCUGUCUCGCACCUUUCAUGAGGAAGAGGGCAUUGAUGAAGUGAUAGUCCCACUGCCCACCUGGAAUGCUCAGACCCGGGAACCUGUCACAGACAAUGUAGAGAAAUUUGCCAUUGAGACAGAACUCAUCUACAAGUACUCUCCCUUCCGCACUGAGGAGGAAGUGAUGACCCAAUUUAUGAAGAUUCCUGGGGACAGCGGAACAUUGGUGAUCAUCUUCAAUCUCAAACUCAUGGAUAACGGAGAGCCAGAACUAGACAUAAUCUCAAAUCCAAGAGAUAUCCAGAUGGCAGAGACGUCCCCGGAGGGCACGAAGCCAGAGCGGCGCUCGUUCCGUGCCUAUGCCGCUGUGCUCUAUAUUGAUCCCCGGAUGAGGAUCUUCAUCCAUGGGCACAAGGUGCAGACCAAGAGGCUGUCUUGCUGCCUGUACAAGCCCAGGAUGUACAAGUACACAUCAAGCCGUUUCAAGACCCGUGCGGAGCAGGAGGUGAAGAAAGCAGAGCAUGUAGCAAGGAUUGCUGAAGAGAAGGCGCGGGAGGCAGAGAGCAAAGCUCGGACAUUAGAAGUACGCCUAGGUGGAGACCUCACGCGGGACUCCAGGGUGAUGUUGCGACAGGUCCAGAACACAGCCAUCACUCUGCGCAGAGAAGCUGAUGUCAAGAAGAGGAUCAAGGAGGCCAAGCAGCGAGCACUUAAAGAACCUAAGGAACUGAAUUUUGUUUUUGGGGUCAACAUUGAACACCGGGAUCUGGAUGGCAUGUUCAUCUACAACUGUAGCCGGCUGAUCAAAAUGUAUGAGAAAGUGGGCCCACAGCUGGAAGGGGGCAUGGCAUGCGGCGGGGUUGUUGGGGUUGUUGAUGUGCCCUACCUAGUCCUGGAGCCUACACACAACAAACAGGACUUUGCUGAUGCCAAGGAGUACCGGCACCUGCUCCGAGCAAUGGGGGAGCACCUGGCGCAGUAUUGGAAGGACAUUGCCAUCGCCCAGCGGGGAAUCAUCAAGUUCUGGGAUGAGUUUGGCUACCUCUCUGCCAACUGGAACCAGCCCCCAUCCAGUGAGCUGCGUUACAAACGCCGGAGAGCUAUGGAAAUCCCCACCACCAUCCAGUGUGAUCUGUGUCUGAAAUGGAGAACCCUCCCCUUCCAGCUGAGUUCUGUGGAAAAAGAUUACCCUGACACCUGGGUUUGCUCCAUGAACCCUGAUCCUGAACAGGACCGGUGUGAGGCUUCUGAACAAAAGCAGAAGGUUCCCCUGGGAACAUUCAGAAAGGACAUGAAGACACAGGAAGAGAAGCAGAAACAACUGACAGAGAAAAUUCGCCAGCAGCAGGAGAAGCUGGAGGCCCUUCAGAAAACCACACCCAUCCGCUCCCAAGCAGACCUGAAGAAAUUGCCCUUGGAAGUGACCACCAGACCUUCCACUGAGGAACCUGUGCGUAGACCUCAGCGUCCUCGGUCGCCCCCUUUACCUGCUGUGAUCAGGAAUGCCCCCAGCAGACCCCCUUCUCUGCCAACUCCUAGACCAGCCAGCCAGCCCCGAAAGGCUCCUGUCAUCAGCAGUACACCAAAGCCCCCUGCUUUGGCAGCCCGGGAGGAGGCCAGCACAUCCAGGCUGCUUCAGCCACCUGAGGCACCCCGAAAGCCUGCCAACACUCUUGUCAAGACUGCAUCCCGACCUGCCCCUCUGGUGCAGCAACUGUCCCCAUCUUUACUGCCCAACUCCAAGAGCCCUCGGGAGGUUCCUUCUCCCAAAGUCAUCAAGACUCCAGUGGUGAAGAAGACAGAGCCAUCCAUCAAACUCUCCCCGGCUACCCCUAGUCGGAAGCGGAGUGUCGCAGUUUCUGAUGAGGAAGAAGUUGAGGAAGAAGCUGAGAGGAGGAAGGAGAGGUGCAAGCGGGGCAGAUUUGUUGUGAAGGAGGAAAAGAAGGACUCGAAUGAGCUCUCAGACAGUGCUGGGGAAGAGGACUCGGCUGACCUCAAGAGAGCUCAGAAAGAUAAAGGGCUGCACGUGGAGGUGCGUGUGAACAGGGAGUGGUACACAGGCCGUGUCACAGCCGUGGAGGUGGGCAAGCAUGUGGUGCGGUGGAAGGUGAAGUUUGACUACGUGCCCACAGACACAACACCAAGAGACCGCUGGGUGGAGAAAGGCAGUGAGGAUGUGCGGCUGAUGAAACCCCCUUCUCCGGAACAUCAGAGCCUUGAUAUGCAACAGGAGGGCGGGGAGGAGGAGGUGGUCCCUGUGGCCCAGCAGGCCAUAGCUGUGGCAGAGCCCUCCACUUCCGAAUGCCUCCGCAUUGAGCCUGAUACCACUGCCCUGAGCACCAAUCACGAGACCAUCGACCUGCUCGUCCAGAUCCUCCGGAAUUGUUUACGGUACUUCCUGCCUCCAAGUUUCCCCAUCUCCAAGAAGCAGCUGAGUGCUAUGAAUUCAGAUGAGCUAAUAUCUUUUCCUCUGAAAGAGUACUUCAAGCAAUAUGAAGUAGGGCUCCAAAACCUGUGCAAUUCCUACCAGAGCCGUGCUGACUCCCGGGCCAAGGCCUCCGAGGAAAGCCUGCGCACCUCCGAGAGGAAGCUCCGCGAGACGGAGGAGAAGCUGCAGAAGCUGAGGACCAACAUCGUGGCACUCCUGCAAAAGGUGCAGGAGGUGAGCCCGGCAGCCUUCCUGUUGCAGCUGGACCACCUGGUCUCUCAGGGAGGGGGGCCUGGGCCCUGUUCCUGUUCUCACAAGAAUCUGUGCACUCACAGGAAUCUAUGGUUCUCACCCUGGCUGCACAGCACCCUGGCAGGAGGGCUUGAGAUGGUGUGGCUGCCUGGGCCUCAGCCCAGCCAGACCCAUAGAACCAGGCUUUUUCCCUUUAGACAUUCUGACGUACAACCUGGUUUGAGAACCCUCCAAGCCAUAAAAACGAAGUUCUUUUCCAGAUGACGCCCAGAUGGGAUUGGGUAGCCCAGAAGUGGGGAGCGCCCCUUAGCCUGUUGGUCCUUCAUCCAGGCAAUAAGCAUGAGGGCCUGCUCUGUGCCUGUCCUGUGGAUACAGAAUGAACAAGACAAGCCAGAGAAGGUUCCUGCUCUCACAGCCUGCCAGUCUGGUGGAAGAGAGAAUUACUGAUGGUGGUUCAUAAGGAGAUACAGUAAAGUGUGGGGAGGCCACUUGACUAGGGUGUUCAGGGGCUUAGGCAUUUGGAGACACUGGAAGCCAGUCAUGCAAAGAGUGUGACACGAGCAUUCCAGGCAGAAGGAAGAAGAGCAGGACUUGAGGCCUGAGCAGGGACUUGGGGGCAGUAGGGGCAGAGGCCGGGCUUGAAAGUUGUGGGAUUUGAUCCCGAGAACAGUGGAGAUCACUGGAGGGGUGUGGCAUGAUGCAGUUUUCAGUCUCAGACAUUUACCUGCUUGAUUGGAGGAGGCCUGGAGGGGUCAAAGUUAGAACCAGAGCCUCCUGUGAGGAGGCUCCCACAGUUGUCUGAGACAAUGGUGGCCUGGACCUUGGGCAGUGACAGAGAAGGGAGAGAAGUGGGCAUAUUUGUAGUAUCUGAGGGAAACAUACAUCGAAGACAAUUGGGAACAUGGGGUAGAGGCAGGGUGGGUGUAGGAAAUUUGGGCAUCAUCUGUGCACAGUAGAUGAGGGAGGGGAGAGUGAUUAAGACAGGACAGAAGCCUGACAUCCAGGGCAGGGUGGGAGGUCAGGGAGAGGACUCUGGGCUCCAUCUCAGGAGCUGAGAGAAGGGUGGAAAGGUGAGCCCCCCCCCCAAUCA